AUGUAUUUAAGCAAUUAAAAUUAUAAUGCUCUUUCUCGAUUAAGUACAGGAUCAUCAUUCUUGAAUCAAAAGAUUUCUGUAAAGUAAUAAAAGGCUUAAGAGGGUUCAGCAUCAUUUAAUGCAACAAUGAGUCCAUUAAAAUAACAAAGAGAAUCAUAUUAACCGAUAAUAGAGAAUUAUUUCAAUCUGCAAACAGAAACACAGGAAGAUAGAAUUUGUUUUGAAUGCUUGAACAGCUUCAUUUGGAAUAUGGCUUAGGGUAUGGAAAUAAAUAAGAAAGUGGUAAUUGAUAACUUGUUAGGAUUGAGAAAUUUAAUUGAUUUCCUAUUGAAUUCACAAGAAGACCAAUCAGGAAUGUAACAAGAGAACAGUGGUUUAUAAAGUGUUAGUUCAUUUCAGAUUGGAUAAACAAUGAACAACUAAUAAAAUGUUCCUGAGAUCCAGCUGCUUGAGUAAAAGAGAUUUCCGAAUGGCGUCAAUCUACUUUUGGAAGAAUAAAAUUAGAGUGUACAAAGCAACUUGAUGUUACAUUAAUCCCAACAAAGUGGAGGGUCUCAAGUAAACUAUAUGGAACCGUAGAAUGAAUCAGUUGACAUAUCGAAUCAGAGUUAUUAUUCUGAGUAUAAACGGCAAGCUUAAAAUAUUGAGAUGGAUUUAUAAAGUUUUCUAAAAUAAAAAUGA